AUUUCUCACGUUAAAAUCGUUUUCACUUAGUGGAGGUUCUUUGUAAAAUUGAGGGCUAAUAGACCACCCCUUACUGAUAGGUGUUGAGGACCAGCGUGAUACACCAUGGCAACAAGUGAACAAGAUAAAGCAAGCUCUCGGGAAUUCUGGCUACAGGCGGGCAUAACCUACAGUUACAUAAUCCUAUGGAUCUUUCUCUCAGCUCUGGUGAUCAUGGUUAACAAAUACGUGCUGACGUAUGCGGACUUCCCCUUUCCAAUAGCUCUUACGCUUACUCACAUGGCUUUCUGCUCAGCGCUGGCAUUUCUCAUCAUUAAAGCGGGUUUUGUCGACACCGUGCAUAUGGACUCAACGACUUACCUGAAGAACGUCAUCCCCAUCGCAGCCCUCUUCUCCGGAACCCUUUGGCUUGGAAAUGCUGCGUACUUGUACCUUUCAGUCGCGUUUAUUCAAAUGCUUAAGGCGACCAUGCCAGUGACAGUCUUCCUGGUCGGCGUUCUAUUAGGCACAGAGAAGUAUUCGGUUCUGUAUGCUCUCAACAUGGUCGUCGUGGCAGUGGGGGUGGCAACGGCAUCGUACGGCGAGUUGAAUUUUGAUCUGAUUGGUGUGAUCUUCCAAUCGGGCUCCAUUAUAACCGAGUCAUUCCGGCUCUGCUUAAUUCAGCUGCUGCUGCAGGCUCGUGGCAUUAAGCUCAACCCUGUAACCACGCUCUACUACAUCGCGCCGGCGUGCUUCGUCUUCUUGUGUUUCCCAUUCACGUUCAUUGAGUUGCCCAAAAUGCUGCACUCAGACGGCUGGCGCCUCCCUGGCGGCUGGUUGCUGCUGAGCGCUGUGAGCGCCUUUGCUCUUAACAUGUCCGUCUUCUUGCUGAUUGGAAGGAGCUCAGCACUUACCAUGAACAUUGCUGGUGUCAUAAAGGAUUGGCUACUCAUUGCGCUUUCGGUGAUGCUGUACAAGUCGCCGGUUGGAGCCCUUCAGCUGUGCGGGUACGGUGUGGCUUUCUUGGGAGUCUGUUGGUACAACUACCAGAAGCUUCAGGUACGUCGGCUGGUCGAAGGGUAG